AUGGCGGACAAUGAGGACUUCGACUUGGGACAGCUGUCCGCAAGUGAGCAGGAGGCGUUGCAACAAUACACUCAAGUUACGAACCAAGAACUCAAGGAUGCGAUACCGCUGCUACAGCGAUCGCAGUGGAACGUCCAGAUUGCUAUUGCAAAGUUCUUUGAUGGCGAAGGGCCCGACCUGGUCGCUGAAGCCAUGGCGCAAGAUAUACCUCGAACAGCAGCGCGGCAUGAGAACCUCCAAGAAAGCCUGCUCGCCUCAUCAGGUCAAACGCAACCACCUCGAAGAGACCGGCCGGACCCUGCACCGCGGAUCGUUCCCCAGCCGAAUACGGUCCAUCGACCACCAUUUCUUAUCGGACUGCUAUUGGCACCUUUCAGCAUCGGCUACAGCAUUGCGUCCAAGGUGUUCCGCACUGUUUUCUACCUUCUUAGUUUCCUCCCCCGACAGCUCAGGCCACGUGCGAUUACAGCUGGGCCAGGGACCGGUCUAAGGAGCACUAAUGGCCGUCGCAUGCUGAUGCCGCGCGAUACCGCCGCGCGGUUCAAGCGGGAGUUUGAGGAAGAGUAUGGCAGCACAGAGCUUCCGUGGUUCGAAGGAGGAAUCGCACAGGCCCAGGACCUGGCCAAGAAGGACCUCAAGUUUUUGCUGGUCGUUCUCAUGUCACCUGAACACGACGAUACGGAAUCGUUUGCGCGAGAAACCCUUCUGGCUCCAGAUGUCAUUAGUUUCAUAUCUGACCCUGCAAACAACAUCAUACUGUGGGGCGGGAACAUCUUGGACUCAGAGGCCUAUCAAGUUGCGCAGGAGUACAACUGCACUAAAUACCCCUUUUCAGCCAUCGUGUGCCUGACGCCUAAGGAGGGAAGCACCAGAAUGAGUAUUAUCAAACGAUUGGCCGGGCCCAUGCCGGCGUCUACGUAUCUGUCGGAAGCACAGGCUGCAAUUAACAAAUAUGCGGCGGACUUGGCUGGCGUACGCGCGGAAAGGACCGCACAGGAAGUGGCGCGAAACUUGAGGAACGAGCAAGAUUCUGCUUAUGAGCGCUCGCUGGCCAAAGACAGGGAGAGAGCACGACAGCGACGCGAGGCGGAGAAGGCAGCUGCAGAGGCGGCUCGAAAAGCCGAGGAGGAGGCGGAGGCUGCGGCGAAGCUGGCGGGGCAGCGUGAGAACUGGAGACGAUGGCGGGCGACGACGAUCGAAGACGAACCGCCAGCCAGCAGCAAAGAUAUUGUGCGAAUUGCGCUAAAGAUGCCCGAAUCAACUGGGGCUGGCAGAAUAGUGCGCCGAUUUCGCAGUGACACCACUAUAGAAGCACUGUACGCUUUCGUGGAGUGCUACGACCUUCUGGCAGCAUCAGAUAACCUUAAGGAGAAGGGCACAAUCCAGCCCGAAGGCUAUGAGCAUCAGUACCAAUUCCGGAUUGCGUCAAUCAUGCCCCGGAUCAUUUACGAGCCCAGUAAAGAAGAGACUAUGGGUCAAAAGAUUGGGCGGUCAGGAAACCUGAUCGUAGAAGAUGUGUCGCCAGACGUCGACUCGGACGAGGGUGAGGAUUAUUCGUCUUAG